CGGAUACAGCUGCUCGCACAUAUCGUGUAAGCUUUCAUCCCAGCCGAUCGGAACGAGCCCGCUCUGAAAUUCUUGCAAGUGCGCGCUCUGGCAGGCCAGACUGUGUCGCUAAUACAUCGCACUGUAAGUUAUAGCUGCGCGCAUUCUCGAGGAAGCCAAGAAAGCGCAGUUACCGGCUUCGUUCAUACGCUGCACUCGCUCUCGCGGCCUGGACAGAAGAUCACGUAUACAGGAAGCUGCGAAUAAUCGAUCAUGCUAGUUGGUUCGAGCUAAAUCGCGCUGUAGCGCAAACGCACCGGGUGCGUCACACUUUCCAUGGCAUAUGUAUAUAGCUGGGCUAUUGAACCAGCUAACUCGUUCUACUCCGCUUGGUUGCGUUAGGGCGCCUCGGCGCCCUGACCCUCCUUGUCGGUAGUAGUUCCUGGCCGGCCUUCGUGGCCGCGCCCAUCCCCUGUGGCGCCUCCAUGGCGUCCCUGGCGUUGCUUAGGUCAGCUGUAGUGCGUCAGUACUGCUCUGGCUGCGGCGCGCCACUCAGUCGGCGACAUCAUCGUCGCCGUCCUGCCGAGCGGGCCCCGCUCUGGCAAUCUUUGCCGAACAUCAUGACUUCACACCGUGGAGCCUUCGCGACCUAGCAUGGGUGGCGCGCCUGCUCGCCGUUCGACCUCGUCCUCAUGGCUUCGCGAUGCUUCUGGCGGGGCGCUCGCUGCUGCCGGGCUCGCAGUGGCGUGUCGCUGAGCGGCUCUUUCGGGGCACGCUGCGGCGGGAGCCAGGACCGGCGUCUUCCGGGCGGCGGCGGCUGGAGCUGUGGGCGCAUCUACACACCUCGUGGUGUGGCCAGUGGAGAGACCUGCUUGGCGAAUGCAGUCUGGCGAAGGCAGUCCAGCGAAGGCUGGCUGGCGCAGGCCGACUAAGCGAAGGCUGGCUGGCGCUGUCUGCUGUGCUAGGGUGUUGCGAGGCUGUGUGGACUUGGUUGGGCGGUGGGCGUGCCUGCACCACCUGCGCUAGGGUGCGGGCGCUGUGGCUUGUGCUGUCUGGUGGGUCGGACCGGCUGAUCCUCGUGGUUCAGCGAACUUGCACGGCCCUAGGCCGUCGACAGGAUGCAGCUUCGGGCUGCACCCAACAGUGUGAGGGCCCUGCCCUGUUGGUGCUGGUGUUUUGGGGUAGGAGUUGCACUUUGCAAAGUGGCAGUCAGUCUGACGCCGACCCGCGGCUUAGGUGAGCAGCGCUAGCGUUUGCGGUGAGCCUUGCUCGGGGUUCCUCCCCUCCUUUAGUGAGGCGAGGAGCAUGGGGGUCAUUCGAGGUUCUCUCCUCGAGUGUGCGUACGUGUCUCGUGCGUUUAUGAAGCCCUGGCUUGCCCGCGGCUGUCGUCCCACAUGUAACCUCUAUUCGCUAUUGAGUACAGGCGCCACCAGGGCUAUCGCAGGCGGUGUGGGACAUCGUGUGCUUGGCUGCUGUGGCGGCCCUGGAAUACGGCCGACAGCGCCUUUACGCUUGCCGUGAUGCUGCAGACCGGACUGCGGAGGUUGCUGUUGUGCGAAGGAUCGGUGUGGAGGUGAUUGCGGACUUCUGGUCACGGCUAGCUGCGUUUGUGAGUCUGCGUCGGCCUCCGCGCCGCUGGGACCUUGUCCCGAACCAGCACCCAUUCCUAGCGUCAGAUGAUGUUGGAGGGGUUAUCUUGGUAGGGCCAACAGCGGACUCGCCACCGGCCUCACCCUAGCUUGUCAGCUUAGGGACUCGCAAUAAGAGGUAGUCUUAUGACGCCGACCCACGGCUUAGGUGAGCAGCGCUAGCGUUUGCGGUGAGCCGGGCCUGGGGUUCCUCCCCUCUCCGGAGGCGAGGAGCAUGGGGGUCAUUCGGGGAUCUCUCCUCGGGUGAGCGUGCGUGUCUCGUACGUUUUUGGGGCCCUGGCUAGUCCACGGCUGUCGUCCCACAUGUAACCUCUAUCAGCU